AACAGUGACAAGUGCGCUCGUCAUCAGUAGAGUCGAGCGAAGUCCCCGAGUUACAGAGGAUGUACACACUCACGCUGACAAUGCAGUGAACAUUGACUUGACAUUACAUACAAUCACAUUCAGUGUUGACAAUGCGUGUGAACUGUCCGGCGACAUCACAUUAAGCUUCACGAGCUUCACAGGCUUUGCGUCACGUUCUGAGAAACGUGAUGUGCAGUACUUACAAGGACAGGAAGGGAGGCUUUGCCAGAGUGUGUGCAAACAAUCACGUGACGGUGCUGCAUAGUCCUCGAGUUGUUGAGGCUGCCUCAUGUUGAUGAGAACACAAAUGUGAUCGACUGAAAGUAAAGCCAAACUUCUGAAGCAGUUUUAUGCAGCGAGGAUAUUCAGUAUGUGUAGUUCUACCGCGAGAAGCAUGGGCGGAAUAUUUUAUUCUGCACAUUCGCUAGAAGAAAGAAGGAAGAAAAGAAGGAAGUAUCCAUUGACAUGUUAAUGUGUCUCUCUUUGGCACUUUCCCAGAUGACACACCUCAUAAAACUAAGAAGAAAGGAAACUUAAAUAUCUCUUAAACGAGAUCCGGGAAGCAAAAAUAUAUUCAAGGCUUUGUGUUCAGGAAGUACUCACUAGUCUCUGCGGAUUUUACCAACUGAAAGUUAAGAGGCUAGAUGAAGGGUUGUUACUGUUCUUGUGUUGGGUUUGGCAGAAAAUGAUCUCAGAGUCCAUGCUUGUGUUUAAAGCGGAUGUGCAUUGACUGGCUUUAUAUUCUUCUUCGUGUCACGCACUUAACCUUGCUGCACCAAUUGGGAGCGUCUGAUGACAGUUUCCGCAAUUGAGCCAGUCACCAGUAUAUAAUACCUACGCAGUAGGAGACCUUCCAUCGGUGCCACUUGAUAGAUGGAGAGUCAUCACAACACAUCACCACUUUAGGAUUCUGCGACUGGUGUUGUACCUUCAUGUCAGUCUCCGGCUUCGUUGUCUCAUCGCGAGUCUCCGCCUCCAUCGGCCCAUUCCGUGGGUGCAUGUGUGUAUGGACAGAGUCCUCAUCCAAGCAUUACUAACACAUCAAACAGGAGCUCCACCCCACCCGACGCCUGAGACAUGGACAGCAUCCGUAAUGCUGUACACCCAGAGGAGAGCAGCAGCCGCCCGGUUGCUGAUGUCACUGCUGAGGACAACUCUGUGGAUGACCUGCUCGAGGAUUUGAACACGAGGUUCGCCCUCUCUGUCCUCCCCGUUAUCCUCUACCUUGCCGUGCUGCUUCUCCUAGGACUCGUCGGCAACAUUCUAUCCUUUGUGGUCUACCGGAGGUUCAAGCCGAGCUCCACAAGGACAUACAUCCUGACUAUCAGUCUGCUGGACUUGAGCAACAACAUCAUCUCUUACCCGACAUCCAUAGCCGAGCUUUGCUUUCGCUACACCUUCGACAACCCCUGGCUGUGCCGUGUCUUCCGUUUCGUCAAGAGCUCGCAGGUGCUGGCCUCCGCCUUUGUGCUGGUGGCCGUAGCACUGGACCGCCACCGCCGCGUGUGUAACAGUCUUAAAAAGCAGCAAGAAGCCGGAGAUGCCUUGCGUGCUUCUCUCAUCUGCGUCGUCGUCGGAACGCUUCUCAGCCUGCCGUACGGCGCCGUGACGGGCCGCCAAACCAUUCCCACGGGAAGAAAGCAUGUGGUUGGCCUCAACCAGGCGGCGACAGCUCAUGAUAGCACUCGCAGCACCUCAGGGGAUACGUCGUCCACCCCUCAAACACAAUCGUCGGCCUCCACGGAUGUGACAUCCUUUACCACCGCGACCUCAAACCGACCUGCUGAGACCCAAGGGGUCAAGAUUGAUGCUGCAGGUGCGAGACAUGCUGGCUGUUCGGAAAUUACAAGUCAGCCUGUUUCCGCAGACUCCAGACCAGUCGCUAUUGGCGGUGAUAAGGACCAGGCAAUAGACAACUGGGAUGCCUCUGGUGUUGUGUGCACGACUACCCAUGACCCUGCAGUAUCAGCGUCCUUGACCUACACAUCUGCAGGACAUAAUGACAAAGAUGAAGUCAUUCUACACAUCCCUUCUUCUGACUGCUCAGAGGCCGUUACAAACAUUCAUUUCCACAACAACGACACGCUUCUAAAAUCAGAUACAGUCAAGAGAGACUUCUCUCUAGAUUCUCCUUCAUCAUCAUCUGAUCAGCGAGAAGUCAGUGUGAAAACACCCGUGAGCGGCCGACGACGUAGUUCUGAUGUCCAUGUGGCUGCAGUACGUGCCUUGUCGAGAAAAAGAGCGCACGACGUGAAGAUAACGUCUCAGAAAGGUGGUCACGUGAGAGAAGUGGCGUCACGUACCACGUUGAUCAUGUUCAUGCUGACAUUAGUCUUCGUUAUCAGUUUCUUGCCCUACUGGGCCAUCGUCUUCCUGCGGGGUGCACUGCGCUUCUCCGAGCAUGGUAUGGCGGUGUGGGUGUUCAAUGUCUACCUGUUGGGGCUGCACUCUUUCUUCAUCAGCUCCGCCACCAACGCCAUCGUCUACGGAAUCUUCAGCGCGCAGUUCCGGCGUGGCCUCAAGAAGCAGCAAACCCCUACUGACGCCCUACGCGCCGUUGUCAUCUGCGCCAUCGUCGCCGGCGUCGUCAGCAUCCCGUACGGAGUGAUGACUGGUCGCGCCACCUUCACCAUCCACGCCUACAACAUGACGGGGAUCAUGUGUUCCUUGGACGACCGCUACGAGGGAUCGCUGUUUCACGUGCUGUACCAGUCGCUGACCGGCGUGGGCAUGUUCACCUCCCUGGCGAUUAUGUGCGUGUCGUAUACACGAAUCGCCUGCCACGUCAGACAACACAGGAAACGCAUGGCGGCAGUCGACCAGGCCAGUGCAUGCCACUCCGCAUCGUCUGGCAACACGGACUCUGCCGUUGCUACAACUUUGUCAGGUUUUGAGAGAGAGUCCUCGCACAUACAAGACCAACGGUCACACUCGACCUCUUGCCCUCCAUGCGGUGGGUCGAAUCUAUCGGUUUCCGCCCACGUGGCCAAGUCGGAGCAGAGCGACUUACUCCUGCAAAGCUAUCACCAGCAAGACAACAGCCCACCGAAGCCGGGGCAUCUUGAAUCACCCAACAAGUCUAUGACCCCCAGGUUACAGCUGUUUGCUUUGAAACGACUAAAGAAGAAGACAGACGGACGUGGGCAGCACGGACAACACGGAGACAAGGCCAAGCAGAUGUCGUCUCGCACCACCCUCAUCAUGUUUCUGCUCACCGCCGUUUUCAUCGUCAGCUUCCUGCCCUACUGGGCCACGGUCAGCGUGCGUGCGGUCAUCGGCAUCGACAUCCACACCCUGCCGCUCUGGCUCUUCAACCUCUACGCCAUUGCUGUCCAGUCCUUCUUCAUCAGCUCUUCGGUGAAUGCCUUGGUGUACGCGUGCUGCAGCGCCAAGUUCCGAGAAGAGUGCCGCCACCUUUGUUCGUGCUGGCACAAACGACAAUAAACUGACCACAUUGCACCUAGUGGUGUCUUGGAGUUGCAGCAGGCAGUACCUGUGUCACAUGUCACCAACCUAUAAACGGCAUGUUACUACUGUUUCCUUAUCCAUAACUACACUGUUCUCUUCAUACUCGUCUAUGCUCUCCUCUUCCUGGUGAUUUACACUUACACUUCAAUCAUCUCUUACCACCAACACCCUGAACAGCAUUUCCAUUGACGACAGCCGCCCUCAAUGCUCUCUAACGACAUCAAACGUCAGCAGUGUCAUUUUUUAUCUUUGAGCAUUGUUAGAAUGUUACGGAUUACUGAUUUCUAAUGCUGUUGUACUUAAUAAAUUAAAUUUCAAUCAGAUUAACCUAGGCUGAAUGAAAAAAGAAAAAAGAAAAAGGAAAACGAUUGCACUUCACAUUUUGGCAGAUGGACGAGACCAAAGAUGUCCGUGGGUCGGAAUUAGCCCUACCCUGCCAUUAUUGUGACUGUGCUACUUACUAUUCUCCAUAACAACAAGCAGAUCCUACUUGAUACAUUUCGUCCUUUUUUAUUAGUGUUUUGUAAAAUGCUGUGAGUCAUUAGGGAGCAAUGCUCUCACUAAUUUUCAUCAUCAUCAUCCUUGUUAAAUUACAGAUUCCUUGCAAUCUCAACAAUUUGUUAAUCCCAGGAGAAUUUAAUCCAUGCUGUUCACUUUAUUUCUGCCUGUAUAUGUAGCUACAAUAAAAUACAUAUUAAAGCUUAAUGAAUCAA